CAUGACAUCCAAGCUGUAUGUAAAAAAUAACACAAGCUCAGAAAUCAUGACGAGCAGGCGGAGCGAAGUCCAAUUUCCAAUAGCAUUUUAAAGAAUAAGCUCAGUUAGUAUUAAUGAGGAUUUUGUGAUACAAUAAGCAUGGCCCAUCGGAUCAAUGAUGUCAUGAAGCUGUGCUGUGAGUUAUCUGCCAACCAGCAGGUUAAAUCCGCAGUGAAAGGCUCUGGGAAGGGAGCAGCAGCAGCUGGUGGACUUGCUUUUGCUGGUGGCUUGAUUGGGGGGCCUCUUGGUAUUGCAGUUGGCGGUGCUGUGGGAGGCCUUCUGGGCUGCUGGAUGACCAGUGGACAGUUCAAACCACUGCCUCAGAUCAUAAUGGAGCUGAGCCCUCAACAGCAGCAGAAGCUUUAUGAUGAUGUCAUGGUCAUCCUGGGAGACAUCCAGUGGACAGAUUUGGCUCAGCUAAUAGCUCUGGUGAUGGGCAACGCCACACUGAAGCAGCAGCUUACAGCUGCUCUUCUUGGGUACAUAACCAAGGAGCUCCAGGCCGAGGUGCACUAUGUGGAUUAGGGUCUGUGGGAAAUCUGAAUAAGAUAAUUCCAAUGUUCAGAAGGAUGGAGUCUUUGAGACGAAUAGGAAUUAAUUUUGUGAAGCUGGAGAGACUGCAGUUGUGCAUUAAUAAAAUAAAAUGAUGCCAUCACAGUCCUGGAAACGGGUGACACUGGUAACAAGCCGGUCAGCACUUUAAAUUAGUAAAAGCAGCUGUAUAACCGGGGUAAAAUAUAAAGGAAGUGCACUUGUAAGAAGUUUUAAAUUAUGUUUUAGCUCCAUUGAUAAUGUGAUAUUUGGCUUUAAAGGCCAAUGAAUUGAACUGACUGAAUGUUGCAGUUACAGAGCAGCACUUUCCAGAUGUGCAGUCUGCUGUCAUAUUUACAUGGAAAAAAUUCUGGACUGACUUAGCCGAACUGUUGUUGUAUAUUUUGAUACAAAUUUGUCUGCUUUGUGAGAUGAGCUUGUGUACAGCAUAUUGGAUUAUUUAAAUAAAAGUAUGUGGAUAUGA